AUGGAAUCGUCUUAAAUCUUUUUUACAAUAAAUAAACAAGUCAAUUAUGGAGAAGCAAUCUAUGUAGUCUUUAAUUUCGCCAAUUGGAACUUGAGAGAGGCUUUUAGAAUGGAAUGUCAAAAGAUUGAUCAAUGGAGUAGGGAAAUCGAGAUCUCCUGUCCUUACUUUGAGUACAAAUAUGUUAUUGGACAGUACGAUAACAUAUUGGAAGGGGAAAUAGUCUGGGAAGAAGGGCCAAAUAGAUCUUCUGAAAACUUGAAAUUAUUGCAAAUGAGUUAGAGUAAAAUCUAAUUCACAGAUGUGUGGGAGAAAAGAAAUUUGAUGUUCUUCCUACUAGACAAAGAGCAAAAUAGAAAGAGGAAAAAGUGCCUGGAACAUGACAUCCUAUUAUUUGGAUAAGUGAAGGCUUUGAAUUCACCAGUUAAAUUUUCUAAUUGUUAAUUAAGCUAAAAAUCAUAAUUAUACUAUAUAAAUUUACAACUUGAACCAGACGAGAUUACCACCCCUAUACAAAUCCAAAUCUACAUGCAGACUCAAUUUAAAAAACGUUUCAUAGAAAUUAUCUCCAAAAAUGUUAAACUGGACUUCAGAAAUAAACCAAUCAAUAUCUGUGAAGAAAUAUUACCUGAAUCUAAAUGCUACCUUCUCAAAUGA